CGCUCCCGGCCUCCUGGAGUUUGGAGAAGGCGGAGCGGGCUGGAGCUUAGAAACGGCGCGAGAGGAGGGUUGCAGGAGCAGCAGCAUGGCAACGGCCGCGGCUACAAAAGUUCCUGAAGUUCGGGAUGUCACCCGGAUUGAACGCAUUGGUGCCCACUCCCACAUUCGAGGGCUUGGCUUGGAUGAUACAUUGGAACCCAGACAGGUAUCCCAGGGCAUGGUAGGACAGUUGGCUGCUCGCCGAGCUGCUGGGGUGAUUUUGGAGAUGAUAAAGGAAGGCAAAAUUGCUGGUCGGGCUGUCUUGAUUGCUGGCCAGCCGGGCACAGGAAAAACAGCCAUUGCCAUGGGAAUGGCCCAGGCACUGGGCCUUGACACUCCUUUUACAGCCAUUGCUGGGAGUGAAAUCUUCUCUUUGGAGAUGAGCAAAACUGAAGCGCUAACUCAGGCCUUUCGCCGUUCCAUUGGUGUCCGCAUCAAGGAAGAAACAGAAAUAAUUGAAGGUGAAGUUGUGGAGAUUCAAAUAGAUCGUCCAGCAACUGGCACUGGUGCCAAGGUGGGGAAGUUGACCUUGAAAACAACAGAGAUGGAGACAAUCUAUGACUUGGGCACCAAGAUGAUAGAGUCACUGACCAAGGAGAAAGUGCAAGCUGGGGAUGUCAUUACCAUAGACAAAGCCACAGGAAAGAUUACCAAACUAGGACGUUCCUUCACUCGGGCACGGGAUUAUGAUGCAAUGGGCUCUCAGACAAAGUUUGUGCAGUGCCCUGAUGGAGAGCUGCAGAAGCGCAAGGAAGUUGUGCAUACAGUCUCGCUACAUGAAAUCGAUGUCAUCAAUAGCCGCACCCAAGGAUUUCUGGCACUCUUUUCUGGUGAUACAGGAGAAAUAAAGUCAGAGGUGCGGGAGCAGAUCAAUGCCAAGGUAGCAGAGUGGCGAGAAGAGGGCAAAGCUGAGGUGAUCCCUGGGGUUCUCUUCAUUGAUGAAGUCCACAUGCUGGAUAUUGAGUGUUUCUCCUUUCUUAAUCGGGCCCUGGAGAGUGAUAUGGCACCUGUCCUCAUCAUGGCCACCAAUCGUGGCAUCACCAGGAUUCGUGGCACCAACUAUCAAAGCCCCCAUGGCAUUCCCAUAGAUCUGCUGGAUCGUAUGCUGAUCAUUUCAACCUCUCCGUACAGUGACAAGGAGACCAAGCAAAUAUUGAAAAUUCGGUGUGAAGAGGAAGAUGUUGAGAUGAACGAAGAUGCCUACACAGUACUAACCCGCAUUGGCUUGGAGACUUCCCUGCGCUAUGCCAUCCAGCUCAUCACAGCAGCCAACUUGGUGUGUCGCAAAAGAAAGGGCACAGAGGUUCAGGUUGACGACAUCAAGCGUGUGUACUCCCUGUUCCUGGACGAGUCACGCUCCACUCAGUACAUGAAAGAAUAUCAAGAUGCCUUUAUGUUUAAUGAACUCAAGGGGGAGACCAUGGAUACAUCAUGAUGGGGUUUGAAUACCCAGAUAAGACUGUGUGUGUGAAUGGGUAUUCCUUUAUUGUUAUUAGUUUUUUUAUAUAAAUAAAGCUUUUA